AUGAGCAAUUCUGAUGGAGAUCAAACUACAACUGCAAAAAGAAAACAAGUAAAUAUUUCUAAAUUUUUUAACAAAAAACAUAUUUUAUCAGAACCGACAGAACCAAUUACUAAAAUAGAAAACAUAAAUAUUCCGAUUCCAUCUACUUCUCAACUAUCUGAAAAUGAACAGAAUACUGAUUGCACUAUAGAAAAUAAUAUUUUAGAACCUUCAAUUUUUAUUGACGAUAUUGGAUAUUAUACAAACUCAAUGUCAAUAAAUCAAAAUACAAAAUAUCGUUUAGUUAAAAAAAAUUAUUUGCCUGAAUCUGAUUUUAUUUACCGUUUUCAACACAUGUUAAAAAAGGCAAAGAAGGCAAACGAUUCUUAA